AUGCCUAAUCUAGUGGAGCACAAACAGGGUCUUGCAAUCUGGAGGGUAAGCCAGAUAGGCCGUAGACCCAAGGACUAUCCGCCAGGGCCACCUACGCUCCCGCUCAUAGGCAACUUGCAUCAGAUACCCAACGAAAAGCGACAUUUGCAGUUUCAAAAAUGGGCGCAGGAAUACGGCCCCGUCUUCUCCCUCAUGCUGGGGACGAAGGUCAUGAUCGUGCUCAGCUCGGACGUCGUUAUCAAGGAUCUGGUGGAUAAACGCGGUGUCAUCUACUCUUCGAGACCGCAGGCGUAUAUUGCUCAAGAUAUCCUCAGUGGUGGACUUCGACCCUUAUUCAUGCAGAGUGAUGAUUCAAGUUCAGGCGGCGUGUGGAAAAUGGCGCGAAGACUCAGCCAUCAAAUCCUGAACAUCUCUGCGGCGCGGACCUAUGUGCCCUACCAGGAUCUUGAGAACAAGGCGAUGCUCCUUGACCUUUUGGAAAGUCCCCAGGAUUUCAUCGACCAAAUCCGUAGAUACUCGGCCUCCUUGACGACACAGAUGGUUUUCGGCUACCGUACGACUAGUAUUCAGGAUGCAAGGUUCAAGCAAGCAUUUGGUAUAUUUGAUCGAAGCUCAGAGCUGAUCGCUUCGCGGACCGCUGUAAUGCUGGAUCUGCUGCCCAUUCUGCGGAUGCUACCAGAGUUCCUUAUCCCAGUUAAGAAGGAAGGAAGAGAAAUUCACCGGCAGGAGAGAAAACUGUUUCGGGAUCUCUAUCUUUCUGCGAAGCAAGGAAUUGAUAAGGGAACGGCCAAGCCAUGCGUGUGCGCCGACCUCGUCAAGCUCCAGAAACAGGAGGGCUUCUCCGACGAACUGGCGGCCUACAUCAGCGGUUCACUGUUGCAGGCUGGCUCUGAGACGACGGCAAGCAUCCUCGUGGGGUUUGUGCAGGCUAUGGUCUUGUUCCCAGAGGUGGCCAAGGAGGCACAAGCGGAGAUUGAUCGCGUUUGCGGAGAUCGCAUGCCCGACCUCAACGAUGCGUCCAAAUUGCCCUACAUCCGUGCUUGUGCCAAGGAGUCACUGCGCUGGAUGCCGGGCUUUUUCUUGGGCAUACCACACGCAGUCACCAAGGACGAUGUAUAUCAGGGCUACCAUAUUCCGAAGGACGCAACCGUCAUUCUUAACGUAUGGGGCGUGCACUAUGAUCCCGAACGUCAUCCUGAUCCGCGACGUUUCGAUCCAACGCGAUAUAUCAACGAUAUACAGUCUUCCAUCGACGCAGCCAUCAACCCCGAUGCCACAAAGCGUGACCAUUUCGUCUUCGGCGCGGGUAGGCGCCGGUGCCAGGGCAUCCACAUCGCGGACCGGUCCAUCUUUUUAGCGCUAUCGCGUAUGCUGUGGGCCUUUGACUUCAGGCGCGCGGUGGACCCAGGGACCCUACAGGACGUCGUCCCCGACAUGGACGAGGUGGUCGAUGGCAUCAUGUCGCUGCCAAAACCUUUCAAGGCAAACAUCGUGCCGAGGAGCUCGCCAAAGGCCCGGAAGGUCCGGGAGGAGUGGGCCGAGGUCUCGAAGCAGCUUGACCAGAAGACGUUGGAGUGGAAAGACGUGCCCAAGGGGUUGAUUUGGGGAGAUGAGCAGCCCCUACUGGAUGAUUUGUAG